GCUGCUCCGAAGCCUUCUUCGCAACCAGCAGCUGAUGGUGGAAACGUAGCGAAGAAGUCCAACACGACCAAAGUUGCACCGUGGGUAGCUGCAUCAGCGGUAGCUCCAGCAAAAGAGAAGACGUUGAAAGAGAUUCAGGAAGAAGAGGAGCGGCAACUGCGCGCAGAGCAAGAACAGCAAGCUCGGCUGAGAAAAGAGCAGGAGACAGUCAAUAUUCAAUCGAAUGCAACGUGGUCUAAUGCAUCGCAACGUCUCCAGUGGAACCAGCCAGUACAGCAAAGUCCUGCUGCAAAGACGGCCACUGUGGUGAAGCCAGCUUGGGGUGGAGCCGGUGUUGAACCGCAAAAGGCCACUUCUUCUCCGUUCUGGGACAGUCCGCCAUUGCAGACAGCCAACAAGGCUCCAGCAAACGCAGGCAAGAAAUCAGCAGCUGAAAAAUCGUCGAAUUCGAAGUCAUCUGCCUCUAAAAGUGGAACCAACGCUCUAGCUAAUGAAAAGGUCGUUCAUAUCACUCUGUGGUGUCUCCAGCAGAGCUUGCUUCAAUACAGUAGGUUUCAGGCUGCGAAACGCGCUCUGGGUCUGGGUGAAGACAACAGUGUCUUUUUGGAGUGGGUAGUUCAGAGGUUGAAAGAGCUCAAUUUCGGGGGGAACGCCGUUGAAGCAGAAGUUCUUGCCAUGUUCAUCGAAGGUGUUGAGAACCCUGACGAGGUGGAAGACUACGUGAUGGGAUACCUGGGAGAUUCGAAGGCUGUGAAAGAGUUUGUCAGAGAAUUCCUACUAAAAAGAAGCGAUUUCCGUAAUCGUAAGCAAAACGCGGUAAAAAAUGAUCUCUCAAGUGCUCGUGCUGCUCCAGUUUCGGGUAAUGGAGCAGGUUUUUCGGCAGUGCAGGGGAAAAAGAAGAAAAAUAAGGGCGCUCGUCUCGUUGUUGAUGGCUCAUGUUUGGGUUUUCGUGCAACCUCAGAUCCAAAUCGGGUCAAUCAGGGAGAGAUCGAGACUGUAACAAUCGCAUCUGGACAAAAGAGAUAG